AUGUACUCAGGCCUUGGCCGCGGGUAUGAUCCCGCUAAUCCGGACCACCUCUACAACAUGGCUCGCCAUGGACGACGACCCAUCGUGCAACGCUUCGACGAAUACUAUCGAUGCUAUCCCCUCAUCAUGGCACCCGGAGCCGAACGACCAGAGCUCAACUAUGGAUCCAAGAUCAUCCUCCCUCCCUCGGCCCUUGACAAGGUGUCCAAGCUCCACGUUCAGUGGCCGUUGCUGAUGGAGUUGAUCAACGGCGAGAAGGGAAAGCACUCGCAUGCGGGUGUGUUGGAGUUUAUCGCAGAGGAAGGCCGGGCAUACAUUCCGCAAUGGAUGAUGGAAACACUGGGCAUGGACGUUGGUGAUAUGAUUCAGAUCCGGACCACAUCCCUGGAGCUGGCCAAGAUGGUCAAGCUGCAGCCGCAGUCUGUUAGCUUUCUCGAGAUCAGCGACCCCAAGGCUGUCCUGGAGAAGGCCUUCCGCAACUUUGCUACCCUAACAAAGGGUGAUGUUUUCAACUUUGCCUACAACGACGAAGUGUACGAAGUGGCUGUCCUCGACGUGAAGCCCGAGACGGACAAGAUGGGUGUCAGUAUGAUCGAGACGGACGUGUCGGUAGAGUUUGCCCCUCCUGUCGGAUACGUCGAGCCCGAGCGCAAGAGUGGCACAAGCACCCCGAGGAGCACACGAGGCGGCGGCGUUCCUGCUGGAGGUCUGCUACACAGCCAGGGCACCAUGGCCCAAGCCAUCAACUACAGCGCCAUGGCCCCAUCAGUAACCAGCAACAUCACCAACUUCCUGGGAGAGGGUCAGAAGUUGGCGAAGAAGGGCAGCAAGAAUUCGACCCCUAAGCCGGCGACUCCUGUGCCUGUCCCAGUAGACAUCCCGGGACUGCCAAAGCGACGUGAUGGCGCCCCGGCAGCUCUCCGUCUGCCGCCCAACAAGCUCUUCUUUGGAUAUGAGAUUAAGCCGGUCAAGACAGAAGCAGACAAAGAGCAAGAGAAGGAGAACGCCAACAGGCCUCACUUUGCCGGCCAGGGCCAGACCCUCCGAGGCGCAGUUAAGAGAAAGGGCGAAGGAGAUGACAAGUCCAAGGCGCCUGAAAAGAAGGGCACUAGUGAGGGGAACCGACUUGAUGGUCGACGACCCAGAUAA